AGGCUCCCCUGGGUGGGCCGCAGCCAGGCAGUGGUGGAGGAGUACAUGGCCUUUCUCAGUAACCUGGUGUCGGCUCAGACUGUGUACCUGUGUGCCUGCCUCAAGAUGGUGGUCUCACACUUCAGCCCCAAGAGAGUGACCAUCUGUGAAGGCGGGGUGGAUAUCUCUGACUCAGACGAUGAUGAUGAAAACCUCCCCAGGAACUUUGAUCAGUGUCACCAGGCGCUGCAGCUCAUCACCAGAUACGUUCCAUCCACCAGUCGCUUCCUGAUGCCCAUCCUGCAGGAGAACUUCCCCUUCGUGCAGAAAUCCUCCAGAACUCUGGUGAGUCUGCACACAGAGCAGAAACAAGAAA